AUGUCCAACAAAUCAAUCAUCUACCAGAACCUCCCCGGCCCCGUAGGGGACUGCCUCAAGCCCACCUCCCUCUCUACAACCGCCACAGUCCCCGUCUCCCGCACCACCUCCCUCGUCUUCACCACCGGCCACAUCGGCCUCGACCUCGCCACAGGGAGCCUGGUAAACACUACUGUCACCGCCGAAUUCAACGCCAUCUUUGACUGUCUGGGCGCAGCCCUCAAGCACGCCGGGGUGGCGCGGGGCUUGCACCAAGCCUACCGGGUGGUGAGCUAUCUGACCUCCCCAGACCACGAAGCCGAGAUGCACCGGGUAUUCCAGCAGCGGGUUCCGGGCCACACGCCGACGUGGUGCACGGUGAUUGUUAAGGAGAUCAAUGUUCCGGGGAUGCGGGCGGAGAUUGCGGCGGAGGCGGCGUUGUUUGAUUCUUAG